ACAUAAUGAGAACAGGCACUCGACCACAAUGAUUUUCUAAAUAAGUUAGCGUAGAGAGGCUACAGCCACAAGCGGGACACACCAGCCGGACCUCACUGCUCGUCUUGCUAACAGGAGACGUUUCCUGGGAGAUGCAGAGCACUACAACUACUCAAGAGAAAUAAGAGAACGCAGUUUGUGGUGGGCAGCGCGGCAGCCCAACAAGAUGGCGGCGGGUGGCAGGCACAGACCUCUGCUCUGGCGGGGGUCACUCCUUAUCCUGUGGCUUCAGCUGUUCCAGUGUUCUUCGAACAACACAACAAACAGGAUCGGUUCUGAGACUACCACCGGCGCUCACACUAUCACCGGCAAUGUAACUACCAACGGCUCUUUAACUACCACCGGCUCUGUGACCUCCACUGUUGAAACCAACAUCGAGAGGGAAGAGCCUAGGAAGACCAAGCCACCCAGGAGGGACACCACUCCGUCAUAUCCAACCAAGAGUGUCAACUUGACGGUGAGCGAGCCCAAGUACGGGAGGUUCAGUGGUCGGAUUGCCAGAGUGAAGUGGUCUUCACACACCUCAGAAUACAUCCAGUACACACUCAAGACCAUCAAUUACUAUGUCAAGAGCGACACUUGCUCCCUGAAAGUGCAACAAUAUGACGACCAUUAUUUCCCGUAUAACUACCCGUUCUACGGUAAUGGCCAUGGUUACAGGGAAAUUCGUAAGUGUGAUUGCCAGAAAGAAAUCUGCACGUUCACCGUCGAAUUGGAUCCUGAGACCACAUACAAGUUCGAAUUAGAGGGACAAAAAAGAGGGAGGGGAAAGUCUACAUUUCUGGCCGACUACAGCCUGAACACCACAUCAGGAAUACCUCCCCGCAUGAACAACAUAGUCGAUGAUUAUGUGGCCAAGGACAGGAUUCCUGAGAGCGUCAGAGGACUCGACUACUCCACCUACUGUAUCAUCAUCAGGGAGGAUCUGUUUGACCAUUCACACGGCAGGAUCAGCGAAUAUCAAAUCAUUUUAGCGAAGAAGGACGACCUAGCGCAGGAAGCAUUUGGCCUAGGAACAGGGACGGACCCGCACUACGACCCGCAAUACAAGAACCCUGAGGCGCUCUACAGAGUCUUCCCCAAGGAUAAAUACCAAGGCGGGAGACACAUCUUCGUCUUCGGGGAAGACCAGUGGGCCACGUGCCAAGAUUGCAAUGGACCUCUGGUGCCAAACACGGUAUAUUACUACAAGUUCCGCAUGUUCACCAAAAUGGGCUAUGGCGACUCCAGGAUCUACAGCUUCAGGACCCAGCCAUGGAACUUCUUCCAACCGCCGGUGGUGGUGUUGUUUGUGCUGCUGGUGCUCGUGAGCCUCACCGUCGCCGGGUACUAUAGCUACCGCAAAGUCGCCACCAAUAACCUGGAAGAGCGGGUGCCCUUCGACCUCAGCUGGAUGUUCCAGCUAGACUCCCUGAUCUGCAUGCAGCGCCCAGUCAAGGUCUCUGAGCUCCACCAGACCCUCACCGCCCUCCUCGCCAACGAUCAAGAGAUGCUGGCGAAGGAGUUCGAGGAGCUGAAGGCCGUCAGCCCCGCCAGCACCACCAACGCUGCCAGCCACCCGGACAACCGCCCCAAGAACCGCUACGUCAACAUCCUGCCCUAUGACAACUCGAGGGUGGUGUUGAGAGAGCUGGAGAACAUUCCCUGCAGCGACUACAUCAACGCCUCUUACAUACACGGCUACAAGAUUCCCAAGGAGUUCAUUGCCUCUCAGGGCCCAAAGGAUAACACCACUAAGGACUUUUGGAGGAUGGUGUGGGAGAAGAACAUCCGCGUCAUUGUCAUGGUUACCCAGUGUACUCAAAUGAACAAGGACAAAUGCAGUAAAUACUGGCCAAACCCAUCUGAGGAGCCCAUCACCUACCCCGUGGAGAAACUCAUAGUUCACACCUUGGAAGAGAUGCCUAACUUGCCAGGAGGCUACAUCUCUCGAAAGAUGAAGCUCACCAAGCAAGGUCACGGGUCAAGAAGUGUGCAACAGUACCAGUACAUUGCCUGGCCGGACAUGGGCUGCCCCAGCACUCCUGACCAGCUACUCAGCUUUGUCAAGACUGUUAAGCUUUCAGUGCCUCCUAAGAGGUCACCCAUAUUGGUUCACUGCAGUGCUGGUGUGGGGCGCACGGGAACCUUCAUUGCCGUGUACUGCCUCAUGACGGAGAUGGAGUACUCCCACAGCGUCGACAUCUUCUACUGCACCCUCAGGAUGCGUGUCCACCGCCCCAACAUGGUUCAGACUCAGGAACAGUAUGCUUUUAUAUACAAGAGCGUGCUCCAGCAUUUCGAAAGUAUUUCAGGGGUCAAGUCUGAUGACAUAAAUGAACCGAACUGCACUGCUCCAAAAAUUCCAGACAUUGUUUCCAGUGUUCGAGGUCUACCCUUUGAAUGUAUGGCUGAAGAUAGCUGCAUAGACAUUCCUGCUGAAAAGUACCCAGAUCCUCCACCUUUCCCUGCUGGAUAUGCAGAGUCCUCCUCAUGUGAUGAGAAUUGUAACCUUAACACUUGAAUUUUGUUGGAAGUUUUUUCAAAAAGUACAUUUUCAAAUUUAAUGUGUAGUAUUUUAAAUAGCUCAGUACCACAUGCUAAUAAGUAAUGAAAACUAGCUUCAGACUGAUUGCAUUGAAGUUUUCCUUGACCAUAGUUCAACUAUAAAAAACUUGCUAUGAAAUAUCAUAACUGAAGAUUAAAAUAUUAAUUAUAUAAUUACAGUACUGUAUUAAAAUAUUAAUUUGUUCAUGCUUUAUUUGUAUGUAUGAUCUGUUCUGAGCCUUCUAGAUGUGUAUGAACUGUUUUAUGCCCCCAUGCCCAUAUAAUGUGAGCGGUACUUAUUGUGAAUCCCAUUAUGAUUGUGAAUCCCUGCGAGUGGUAGUUUAUUUCACACCUCAUACUCAUCAUGUGUAUUCAAAGUGAAUUUGAUGCAGGUUAGCUCCUUAAUCUGAUGUAAAUCAAAUUUUCAUAUUCAUUGUCAUGUCUUACAAUUAUGCUGUUUAUUUUAUAUAUAUUCCUUGUUAUUCAUAGGCUAUGUUAAUUACCCAAAAUUAAUGUUUUAUACAUUGUGUAAAUCUCGCUAUUCAAUUUAAUGUUAUUCUUUUGCAAACAUGUCACCACUUUAAUUGUAAAUUUAUAUUAAAAUUGUAGUUUAUUAUGACUAUACACAUGUUCAGUUCACCUAGAAUAGGGCGUUUCUGUCCGAAACGCUAUGCAUAUUAGUGGCAUGUCUAGACACAAUAGACACUGCCUAUUUGAUAUAUAGAGUACUGAAAUUUAUAAUUAUAAUAAUCAGCAUUACUAUUUUCUUAAAAUAAUUAUAUACAGUAUAUGAAUUUUGUAAAUAAUGGCAUCACAAAUAAACUGGAGUGGAGGAAUGUUCAGAAGUUACAGAUGUUGGACAGACUACACCAGGCUGAAGAGAGAGCUGCAUGAAAGAGCAGUAGUGAUGACUUGCAUAUUACUGCAAGACAAUGGUGAAGUAUGAACAUGAAAAAAUUGAGUUUCAGUAUAAAAAAGUAGUUAAUCUGAGAAAUGUGUGUGGUGUUACAAGAAAAGAAUAAGGAAUGAAAAUGAUGCUCAGUGCAAAAUAUGGUUUGGGAAAUGAGCGAAUGGUAGACCAAUAGUGUAAGAGGAGGAGGAGGAGGCUGGGAAGCAGAUAUGCUAAUAUGGCAAGGAUGUAUCAAGGGUGUAAGGAUAGUGUGAACAAUCCAUGAAAUAUGAUAAAGCUGGGUGGAAGCAGUUUACAGAAAAACUCACUAUUUGCUUGUUGGCAUCUUUUGAUAAUUACUUGCUGUAUUUGCUUGCACUGUAUGUCAACUCAUAGGGGGGCAUUGUACACCUGGUCUUGUGAGGGAGUGGGAAACAUAUAACUAUUAGUGUGGUGGUGGUUCUUGUUUAUCCAUCAUGCUAUGUAGUGUGAAUAAUGUACUAAUGGAAAACACACACAUUUUAAGAUUCCAACAUUAUAUUAUUCCCCAUAUUUUGUCUAAAGAGAAAUAAUGCUUGUAAAUUAUUAUUGUGUAUAUUCAUUAUUAAAAUAUUACAUAUUGAGCUCUCUAGUUACUGUAUUUAUAGGGACUACUGUAUUCAUAUAAUAUAGUGACUAUCACAAUAUCUAAGUUGCAAGUAAAAUACCCAAGAGAAUGUGUACUCUACAUGAUCCACAUUUAAAUAAAAAUGAUUUUGUAUAAUAUAAACAGAAGCAUUCUCAAAGUGUUGCAACAAUUUUCAUUGAUGAAAAAGUGAAACUUACCAUCGAAAAUAUUAAAUACUUCUCUGUAUUACUGGAUCAUAUAGGAAACAAUUUACAUAAAAUGUAAUGGACAGGCAGAUUAAUUUUUCCAUGUUAAGUUGCCAAAAAAAAAAUGCUAUUAGAAAAGGCUGGAAGCCCCAUUUAAAUUGAGCAAUAAGAUCAUAAUUUCUCUUGGGUACUAUACUAUUUCGAAGACAAGAAAACAAACAUUAAAAAUUCAUACAAUUCAAAAGCACAAAAGCUAAAUUGAUUAGGCUAAUAAAUAUAUUUAAAACUAAUUACAAUCAUUUUGGCAAUUACCAAACUAAUAUUUACUUUUAAUUCAGCUUUAUUACAAACACCUACAAAAUGUGAACAAAAUAAUUUAUAAAUAGUAUUAUCUUGUAUAGUAAACAACUGCAGUAUAGCAUGCACAACUCUUGAUACCUAGACCAACUCUGGUUAAAUAAAAAUAUUUAUAUUUAACAUUCAAAUGAUAAUUUUUCAAAGCAAAAGGCUAAGUAAGGGGAUAAUCAUUAAUUUUUCUGUAGUUCAUUACUGAUAAAUGAAAUAAUGCAAUCUCACGACAAAGAAAUAAAUAAAUUUAUACAAAUUUUAUGUAAAAUGUAGCAUUCUUUAUAUUUCUUACAAAAAUAUUUAUAUGCAGCACAUAUCUUCCUAUCUUGGAAUACAAACUUUCAUAAAAACUGCUUUCAGAAAUUAUCAAAAGUAUGUUCCUCAGUAUAUAAGUGGUGGUGUAUCCCCAUCAUUGGUUAUCUAAAGCGCCACUGUAUCACCCACUCAUAGGCAUCCAAUCAUGCACACUUUGCAGACAACCACUAGCAAGCACCCAGUACCUAGACAUGCAUUUACUCAUCCACAACAGGCAUUUACUCAUCCACAACAGGCAUUCAAUCUCCUAUCUUCACAUAUCCUUACAAGUGUCUUAAUCACCCCCACACAUUUAUGAAGAAAGGCAGACCCCUAAAUCUCAAUACAGGAGAAAAAGUAAAAUGUGUUACAACAAUUCUGUAACACAUACCAUGUUACAAAAUACUGCUAGGCAUUGACAAGGUCAACAAAGAUUAAUUCAAGGAAUGAGACUAGAAUGCAAGGUCUCCUAUGGAAACUGAACAUGCAAAUGAACCAGAUGUACAAAAAAAAAAUAAGUUUGUAUUACAAGGACAUGGUUAAAUGAACCAAGAGAAGAAGUGGUGGAGGUAGACUCCAUACAGUAUGACAAAAUGUGGGGUAAUGCAGUCUUCCACCAGAUGACUAAUAAUUAAGAGGAUAUGCCCAGGAACUGCAGCACAUUCCUUUUAAAUAUGCAUACAAGUAUGAUGACCAAACCACACAUCAGAAGAUGAAGAAACUAUGACAUUUUGGUCGGUCCUGGACCAUUACAGCAUCAAGUUGUGUGUUGAUAAUGAUAACACUAUUUGAUAGUGAUCCAGGAUGGACCGAGACGUUGUCAUUUCUUCAUCUUCUGAUAUGUGGUUUGGUGGUCAUAUCUUCAGCCACGUUAUUGUGACUCGUCUUCUGCAUACAGUAUAUACUGUACAAGUAUAGUAUACUGUAUAGUCAAAUACAUCUGAAUCACUCAAAACAGAGGUAUUCAGCAAUAUAACCCACCAACAUGCCAUGCAUUCAGUAACCCUUCUUCAUCCCUCACAUACAGUUCAUUUUGUCAGGAUAAGAAGCCUAUGUAUAUACAAUAUACUUUAGGCUUGUAUUGAGGUCUCACUAGGGUUAAACUAUUGACCUCGCCCAAGAUGAAAUCACACAACAGUUGCCUAUUUCCCAGGUACCUAUUUGCUGCCAGGUAAACAGACACGAGGUGAAAGAAAACAUGCCACAUUUCCGUUCUGCCCAGGGAUCGAACCUGUGAUAAUCAAUUACGAGAUGAGAAUGUAGCCACUGUACUACAGUCAUUCAUCUUUCAAUUCAGACGCAUCCAAUCAUCCACCCACUUGCAUCCAAUUCACAUGAUAUGUAAAAGUAAUUUAUAAAAAUAGUUCCCACACCUCCAAAUGCAUGUACAUAACAAUCACGAUUCAUUACUGACAAAAAAUGUAUUUCAUUUAGAUUUAUAAAGUGUAACCCUAAUUGUUGAUUGGAAUGUAGAAAUUGAUGUCAACGCCAUGUGUAAUGAAGUCCUUCCUACUUAAUAAUGGGCAGAUACAGAGAAGGAAUAUGAACACAACCUGUAAGGUUUCCUAGAUGCAUUAUAUUUUCUUCUCCAAGGCUCUGUAUUAACAAAAAUUAGUUAAUGCAUUUAUCUGUUGUUAAUUAUAUAAAAUGCCUUGCAUGUUGUUCUGAUUAUUUCGAGAGACAGGGAGAGCAUUUCUUACCAUUUAGAUAAGGAUAUUUUACCCUAUGGAAUAUUUCAUGUUAAGAGAGGAUAUUCUUAAAUGCAUCAUUAUAUUUGUAACUGAUUUUGAAUGUACUUUAUGUACUUUUACCUGAAUGAACAUUAUCUUAUCUAAUCUAAAGACCCAAAGCCUUGGAGGAGAAAGUUUAUUUGGAUUGUUUAGAACUUAAUUAUUUCACUCUUUCAGACACAUGCAUGUAAAUUAGUUUUAGAAGUCUGUAUAUGUAGAUUACUGUACUUUCAAGAAAAUUUGCAAUUUUAUGUCAUACUGUAGAAUACAAAAAUUAAUACAAAGAAUAAAUAUUUAACCCUUCAACUUUA